AUGGACAAAAGUUGGAUGGAAGAGCGUAAUAGAUCAAGUCUUACGUAUGUGGCAGGCAUCAAUUCAUUUCUCGGCAUGGCACGAGAUCACCUUGCCAGCAUACUAGCGGACAAGUGUCGCUGUCCAUGCAGAGACUGUAUAAAUGCAAGACCGCCUGUCCCGUUAGAAGAUGUUGCCGUGCAUUUGGCUCGAUAUGGCAUUGCAGCUAGUUACAUAAUAUGGGUACAUCAUGGAGAAGUAGCCAUGCCUCCGCAAAACCAGUUUGUAUCUAGUCUUGAUGAUGAUAUGGCAACCAAUGAAGGAUCUGAUAAUGAAGACAGAAACGAGGCAACUAUUGAAAUACUGAAUGACGUCCGCUUACCAAAUACAUAUGAUAGUCAAGGAGCCUUUGCUGGUGGUGAAACGGAAGGUCUGGGUGAAUCAAAUUCUGGAAAGUUCGCUAAAUUGUUAGAUGAAGCUGAGCACGAGUUGUAUCCUGGUUGUAAAGAUUUUUCGGCGCUGACUUUUCUCGUAGAGUUGAUGCAUAUUAAGGUACUCAACCAGAUGAGCAAUAAAGCAUUUGAAAUGCAACUGGAGUUGCUCAAAGAAGCUUUUCCGAAGGAUAAUAGGAUUCCAUCUUCAUAUUAUGAAGCUAAGAAACUGUUGGGUGGCUUGGGAAUGGGUUAUGAAGCAAUUCAUGCAUGUCAGUACGACUGUGCUUUGUUUUGGAAAGAGCAUAAAGAUAGGGAGGACUGUCCAAUAUGUAAUGCUCCUAGGUACAAACACGAUGACGGGAAGGGUACCAAGAUCCCGCACAAGGUAUUGCGAUAUUUUCCCUUAAAGACUAGACUGAUGAGGUUGUUUGCUAGUAGACACACAGCUGCUGACAUGAGGUGGCAUGAAGACCAACGUGAUAAAACAACACCGGAUUUGUUAAGACAUCCAGCUGAUGCGGAAGCGUGGAAGGAUUUUGAUAAGCGGUAUCCAUGGUUUUCUAAGGACCCGCGCAAUGUUAGGUUGGGACUUGCUACUGAUGGUUUCAAUCCAUUUGGAAAUAUGAGCAAUGCACAUAGCACGUGGCCAGUGGUAAUUAUACCGUACAACUUACCUCCCUGGAAGUGUAUGAAAGAGCCAUUUUUCUUGAUGACGUUGCUUAUUCCUGGCCCACACGAACCUGGUAAAGACAUUGAUGUAUAUCUGCAGCCUUUGAUAGAUGAGUUAAAGGAGUUGUGGGAAGAAGCUUAUGCCAAAAUGUCAGGGUGGAGUACACAGGGAUAUUUAGCUUGCCCGGUAUGCAACGAAGAUGCACCAUCAAUCAAACUAAGGAGCAAGAUAGGUUAUGUUCGUCAUCGUCGGUACUUGCCUCCUGGUCAUAGUUGGAGAGACUCGAAAUGUCAUGAUGGGACACGCGAACAUAAGGGUCCUCCGAAAGAGCUUACAGGUGAUGAACUUUUAGCUCAAAUGGAAAAUAUUGUGUUUUGUAAUCCAGGUAAGAACCCGAGUAAACAAAGCAAGAAAAGAAAACGCAGUAUAGAAGAGCGGAACUGGACAAAGAAGAGUAUAUUUUACGAGCUUCCGUAUUGGAAGAGUCAUAAAAUUAGACAUAAGAUCGACGUUAUGCAUACAGAAAAGAAUAUUUGUGACAACAUUGUCGGAACUCUGUUGAAUCUCGACAAGAAAAAUAAAGAUACCGAGAAGGAUCGUUUGGAUCUUGCAGACAUGAAUAUUAGGAAAGAACUGCAUCUUAAACCUAGAGGGGACAAAUUUAUAAAGCCUCCUGCAUGUUAUGUUAUAAAGCCUGAGGAUAGAAAAAAGUUCUGUCAGUUUUUAAAAUCAGUGAAGUUCCCUGAUGGAUAUGCAUCUAACAUCUCUAGAAAUGCUCAUAUCAAUGACGGAAAAGUAUUUGGACUUAAAAGCCACGAUUGUCAUGUUUUGCUGCAGAGACUUCUCCCUGUUGCAAUUCGUCCUUAUUUGCGCAGAGAGGUAAGUGCACCCUUAAUUGAGCUCUGCAAUUUUUUUCAUGAUUUAUGCGCAAAGACUUUGAGUGUUAGUCACUUGGAUGAGUUGGAGAAGAGAAUUCCUCUGAUUCUCUGUAAGCUGGAAAGAAUAUUUCCCCCAGCUUUUUUCGAUGUUAUGGUUCAUCUGGCUGUUCAUUUGCCGCGUGAGGCAAAACUUGUCGGACCAGUUGGCUACAGUUGGAUGUAUCCUAUCGAAAGGUUUUUGGGAACGCUCAAGCGUUACGUGAAAAACAGAGCUCGGCCAGAGGGUUCUAUUGCAGAGGCCUAUAUUCUUAAAGAAUGCUUGACAUUUUGCUCGAUGUACUUUCGUGGGACUGAAACCAAAUUUACUCGACCAGAACGAAAUGACGAUAAAUCAAGGGAUCCCCGAUACCGGAAGGGAGAGAUAUCUGUUUUUGCUCAAAGUGCCCGUCCUGUUGAUGCAAAAACUAUACAAGAUCUGCACAGCAAAAAAGAAGCCACAGAUGAAAUGCAAACUUUAGCUUGGGGAGUUGAUGUCCGAGUAAACUCGUACAAAGCGUGUAAUGUUAAUGGGGUUAAAUAUCAUUCUAAAGAUCGUGAAGCUCGAAGGACAACUCAGAAUAGUGGAUUGUUAGUUGAUGGAGAACAUGGGGGAAAUGCAAUUGAAUUCUAUGGCACUUUGCGUGAUGUUAUUGAGUUGGAAUAUCAACAUGGGUAUCGAAUAGUGCUGUUUAAGUGCGACUGGUUUGACGUGAGCCCGAAUAGAAAUAAAAUUCGAAAGGAUUACGAUUUAACAAGCAUAAAUGUGAGCAACUUAUGGUAUGAGGAUGAUCCGUACGUUCUUGCGUCACAAGCACAGCAGGUAUUUUAUGUUGAUGAUCAUAAAAAUGGCGCAAACUGGAAAGUUGUUAAUAAGAUGGAACAUAGACACUUGUGGGAUGUUCCGGAGGUGGAUGAUCUGGGCGCGACUGUUGACGAGGCCUAUCAGCAAGGUGGGGAUUUGCCAGUAUUAUCUACGUUUGAUGGAGGGGAUGAUGUUGAAGAAAAUGAACUUGACAGAGAUGACGUCCAACCAGAGAUGGUACAAGUGAAUAUUAACGAUCCCAAUGAUGAUUUGUUUGAAACAGAUGACGAAGAUGAUGAGACAUUGAAUGAAUACAAUAAUGACAUUUUGGAUGCCGACGAGAUAGUGGUGAAUGGUGAAGACAGUGAUAUAGAGUGA